UCGCUGCGCCAAUGAGCGGCGGAGGGGGCGGGGCCAGACUCGGAAGCGGUGAGGGGCGCGGGGGCAGCACCGGCAGCACCGGGGACCGGGAGAAGCCGCAGCGAUGUCGGAACGGAAAGUGCUGAACAAAUAUUACCCCCCGGACUUCGAUCCGGCCAAGAUCCCGAAGCUGAAGCUGCCGAAGGACCGGCAGUACGUGGUGAGGCUGAUGGCCCCCUUCAACAUGAGGUGCAAGACGUGUGGCGAGUACAUCUACAAGGGCAAGAAGUUCAACGCGCGCAAGGAGACGGUGCAGAACGAGGCCUACCUGGGGCUGCCCAUCUUCCGCUUCUACAUCAAGUGCACGCGCUGCCUGGCUGAGAUCACCUUCAAGACAGACCCCGAGAACACGGAUUACACCAUGGAGCACGGCGCCACCAGGAACUUCCAGGCAGAGAAGCUCCUGGAGGAGGAGGAGAAGAGGAUUCAGAAGGAGAGGGAAGAGGAGGAGCUCAACAAUCCCAUGAAGGUCCUGGAGAACCGAACCAAGGACUCCAAGCUGGAGAUGGAGGUCCUGGAGAACCUGCAGGAGCUGAAGGAGCUCAACCAGCGCCAGGCCAACGUGGAUUUUGAGGCCAUGCUGAAGCAGUACAAGGAGCUGGAGGAGGAGCAGAGGCGCAAGGAGCAGGAGGAGGACGAGCAGGAGAUGAAGGCCAUGCUGGAGCAGGCCCAGAACCGCCGGCUCCUGGUGGACUCCGACUCUGACGAGGAACCGGCAAAAGCCCGCCCCGCUGCCACGGCCCAGACAAAACCCACGGACAUCCUGCGGGAGGUGAGAGGGGCACAGCCGUGUCCCUGUGCGCUGGGCUGA